CUCAAGUGAGUGGAAGGCUGACUUAUCAAGCAAGGCGGCCAAUACACCUUGAGCCUUGCGGUCUAACUUGAUUAGUCCCGCGCUACGGCGGUUGUGCAGGGGUUUACACAAUUGUGCAGAACAUGAUCCACCUUUUCCCAACCUCAGUACGUACUCCGAAUGCCUUGCCUUCAAGUUUUCCCCGGACUGAACUUGGAACUGCCUUUUCAUCCUCAUACCAUCCUCUAAAGCCUUCAACUUUGUUUGGCGGUUGCGGCUCUUGUAACACGCCCCUAGCUUGAUCACCCCCUUUUGUUGAUCAAGAACGCGACAGACCUUACGUGACUCGGUCAAACUUUACCGCUACCAGUCCUGCGGUUCGCUACGCGUCUUUGCGACAGACGGCGUUGACCUUUGUUUUCACAUUGCCACUCUUGAGCCUGGGGUUUUCGCGGAAUCCGGCUUCUUUCUAAUAUCUCGGCUUCGUCGACGAACACGCAGCGACAAUGAACGUCACCGGGCGCGCAACACGAGCCAGCAAAAGAAAGGCACCGAGCUCACCCGAUCAAGCGCCACCACCCAAGCGCGCAGUGAACGGAAACCGCUCAGAAGACGACGAUAUCGAGUACGUUCACGAUGCCGAGUAUGAGUACGAAGAUGUCUCCGAUCUGGGAGCUGAUCUGAUCGGGACGCCUGUGAGCUUGGGCGAAUGGAGGGACACAAUCAAGGAUGUCGUGCGCAGCGUCGUCUCUAUUCGAUUCUGCCAGACAUGCUCUUUUGACACGGACCCAGCUCUCACCAGUGAGGCCACCGGGUUCGUUGUCGAUGCUGAGCGUGGGUACAUCAUGACGAACAGACACGUUGUCGGCGCGGGUCCAUUCUGGGGACACUGCGUAUUCGACAACCACGAAGAGGUCGAUUGCUAUCCCGUCUAUCGCGACCCCGUCCACGACUUUGGCAUUUUGCGCUACGACCCCAAGGCAAUCAAAUACAUGAUCGUGGAUGGGCUGGAGCUCAAGCCGGAGCAAGCUCAAGUGGGUGUCGAGAUCCGAGUCGUCGGUAACGAUGCAGGAGAGAAGCUCAGUAUCCUGUCUGGCGUCAUUAGCCGACUCGACCGCAACGCCCCCGAGUACGGCGACGGCUACAGCGAUUUCAACACAUGUUACUACCAAGCCAACGCCGCGGCAAGUGGCGGCAGUUCAGGCAGUCCGGUUGUCAGCAAGGAUGGAGCUGCUAUCGCGCUGCAAGCAGGCGGUCGCUCGGACGGUGCUUCAACCGACUACUUCCUGCCGCUGGACCGACCCCUUCGAGCUUUAAAAUGUAUCCAAGAGGGCAAACCCGUCGAGCGUGGUGAUAUUCAGUGCCAGUUCCUUCUCAAGCCUUUCGACGAGUGCCGCAGGCUGGGAUUGACUGCCGAGUGGGAAGCCGCGAUACGAAAAGAGUUCCCUACCGAGACCGUGAUGCUAGUUGCGGAGAUCAUCUUGCCCAAGGGCCCUUCGCACAAAAAGAUCCAGGAAGGUGACCUGUUGAUCAAGGUGAACGACCAGCUCAUCACACAGUUUCUGCGCCUGGACGACAUUCUCGAUUCCAACGUGGGAAAGACAAUCAAAUUGCUGUUGAACCGUGGUGGCGAGGACGUCGAGGUAGACAUUGAGGUUGGCGAUCUUCACGCCAUUACCCCUGACCGCUUUGUCACUGUCGCAGGCGGAAGCUUUCACAACCUAUCCUACCAGCAAGCCCGGCUCUACGGUGUCGCAGUUCAGGGCGUCUAUGUCUGCGAGGCGGCUGGAUCCUUCCGCUUUGACAGCCCUGACAACGGUUGGAUCGUGCAGACAAUCGACCACAAGCCAGUUCCUGAUCUUGACACAUUCGUCCAAGUGAUGAAGGCCAUUCCAGACAAGGCUCGGAUCGUCAUGACCUUCAAGCAUCUUAGGGACUUGCAUACGUUGAACACCACAAUUGUCUACAUUGACCGUCACUGGUCUGCCAAGAUGAAGCUUGCCGUCCGCAAUGACAACACAGGUUUAUGGGACUUUUCAGAUCUAGGCGACCCUUUGCCACCAGUACCGCCCAAGCGCCGGUCAGCUGGGUUCAUCGAGCUGGAUCACGUCCCUGAUCCUGGUAUUGGUGACCUGGUCCACAGUUUCGUUCAUGUGAACUGUGCGAUGCCACUUAAGCUCGACGGGUUCCCCAAAAGCCGCCGUGGAGGUAUGGGUCUGGUCAUCGAUGCCGAAAAAGGCCUCGUGCUCAUCUCACGCGCGAUUGUGCCUUACGACCUUUGUGACAUCACCAUCACAAUUGCAGAUGCCAUCAUUGUGGAAGGCAAGGUGGUCUUCUUGCACCCCCUGCAAAACUACACUAUUGUGCAAUACGACCCGUCUUUGGUGGAUGCGGACGUCAAGUCUGCCAGACUCAGCGACCAAGAGUUGAAGCAGGGUGAAAAGACCUACUUCGUGGGCCACAAUAGGAUUGGAAGGGUUGUCCACGGCUCAACCACUGUCACCGAGAUCACAGCAGUGGCGAUUCCUGCCAACUCUGCUGCUCCGCGAUACCGGGCCAUCAAUGUGGACGCUAUCACCAUCGACAGCAACCUGGGUUCCACAUGCAGCAGCGGUGUGCUGACUUCUCCUGAUGGCAAGGUGCAGGCGCUCUGGCUCCUCUACCUAGGCGAGCGCUCCCCUUGUAGCCAAAGAGACGAGGAGUACUACCUCGGUCUGAGUACCAAGACCCUUCUGCCCGUCCUCUCUGCGAUCCAAAAAGGCGAGACGCCGUCUCUCCGAAUCCUCUCGGUGGAGCUGCGAGCCAUUGCCAUGUCACAGGCCACUGUCAUGGGUGUCUCUGACGAAUGGAUCAGCAAAGUGAGAGAGACCAACCCCUCUCACCAUCAACUCUUCAUGGUCAGCAAGCGCACGUUUGAGCGCGGAGAUCACCCUGCCUCGUUGCUAGAGGGUGACAUUGUGCUGACUCUGAAUGGUAACAUUUGCACCACCAUCUCCGACUUUGACGCAAUGUACUCCAAUGAGUUGCUCGAUGCCACGAUUGUGCGGCAAUGCCAAGAGAUCCAGCUCAGCGUGCCUACGGUCAAGGCUGACGACCUCGAGACGGACCACGCUGUCUCUUUCUGUGGUGCCAUUUUCCACCGCCCUCACCAGGCGGUCAGGCAGCAAAUCAGCAUGCUUCAUUCGGAAGUGUACGUGUCGAGUCGCGUCCGCGGAUCGCCGGCCUACCAGUACGGUGUCGCGCCCACUAACUUCAUUACGGCUGUGAACGGUACGCCAACCCCUGAUCUCGAGUCGUUCAUUCGUGAAACUCGCAAGAUUCCCGACAACACCUACUUCCGAAUGAAGGCAGUGACGUUCGACUCGGUGCCCUGGAUGAUCACAAUGAAGAAGAAUGAUCAUUACUUCCCCACAAUGGAGUGGAUCAAGGACAGCAACGAGGUGUGCGGCUGGAGGCGCGUGACCUACGAGGGCAAGGACGUGUUCGAGGGCGAGGCCACGGAUGGCGUCCUCACGAUCCCCGAUGCGAGCGAUAUGGAAUAACGCAGGAAUGAGUUGUUGUACGACCAAGAAAGGGAUACGCGUUGUACAACGAUGAGGUUAUGGACUGCGUCGGUUUGUUGUGUCAUUUUCGGCGUUAGGCAUCAUCAAACGGCGCUAUUGGCGCACCGAUGAGCAAGACGAAGAGUCAUUUAGAGAGACUCUGGAGCAAAUAGAAUCUAAGCAUAGUAUCGAGGAACAGAGGCCCCUCAAAGACGCUCCUGCGAAAGUACAUGUAGUACAUGAAGCUCCAUGUCCGUCUGUCGUACGGAUGCGGUCUGAAUGCCGCGAAGCCAGCACCUUGAGGAUGACGUUGACGCGCGAGGGCCGGGCGGGAUUGGGCGUGUGGGGCUACAGCACAAGUAGACCAGGACGGCAUGGCGCCCCGCACUUCUUGCAGCGCCUGGAGCCUCAGCGCAGGCGGCAGCUUGACGGCGACGG